CUAGUGUGACAUAUCCUUGCGCCGGUCCAAAUACGUCACAGCCAGAGCUAUGUAUGCGCGCAUCCGAGCUAGCUAGCUAGCUAGCUCUCUAUAUAAACAGUACGCGUACGCCAGUGGACCAUAACCCGGAUCGGGAGCCAUCAUAUCAAUCGAGCUAGAGCCGAGAACAAUGGCCGGGAAGAUGGACCAGACGAUGAUCAUCGUGUGCGCGGUUGUAGGCUCUCUCGGGGUGCUCAGCGCCAUCCUGGGGUUCUCCGCCGAGGGCACCAAGCUCACUCUUUCGGACAUACUGUUGCUCGACGGCACGUGCCUGUACCCGCAGAACCCCGCGCUGGCGCUGGGGAUCUGCGCGUCCAUCUUCCUGGUAAUGGCCCAGAUCACCGUGGCCGCCGUCGGCGGCUGCUGCGGCUGCUGCAAGUCCCGGGCCAUGCCGUCCGAGACCAGGCGGAUCGCCGGGGUCGUCUGCGCCGUCAUCUCCUGGAUCGCGGCGGUGGCGGCGUUCGCGAUGCUGGUGGAGGGCGCGGCGUGGAACGCCAACGUGGCGCGGGACACGUACCCGGUGUGCUACGUCCUCAAGGACGGCAUCUUCGCCGGGGCCGCCGUGCUCACGCUCGUCGCCACGGCCCUCGGGCUCACCUCCUACGUCUUGCUCCGCGGGAAGCCAGCUGACGCCGCCGCUGCCGCGGCCGCCGCCGCCGCGGGGCCCAAGACGGGCGAGCAGCCGGGCGCCGGCGCCGGGGUGGCGAUGGGGCAGCCGCAGUUCCCGCCGCCGCCGGUUCCCCAGGGGUAUGGCCACGGACAGGCGCCGCCCAACUACCCGCAGUAUAAUACGUCGCCGCAGGGGUACGGCCAGUUUCCUCCGGCCUAUGGAGCGCACGCGCCGAACCAGCAGUAUGCUCCUCAAGGCUAUGGAGCGAACGCGCCGAACCAGCAGUUCCCUCCCCAAGGUUAUGGAGCGCACGCGCCGAACCAGCAGUUCCCUCCUCCUGCUGCUCAUGGCUACGGGUCGAUGUCGCCGAAUCAGCAGUUUCCCCCUCCUCCAGCCCCUGCUCAGGGCUAUGAACCUCACGCGCAGGUCCCGCCUCCUCCUAAGGGACACGAACAGGUGUAGCACAAGGUGUGUAGAGUCCAAUCAAUAGUGCCCGGCCGCAGUUGAAGUCAAACCACCUUGUUCGACACUUCGACUCGUGAUCUCGGUUUUGUUUGUGUAUGUGACGUGCAUCUCUCAUUAUCUCUAGCCAUGGACAUCUUGUGUAUCGUUGUUAGAGGACUAGUGUUGCUGCUUGAUGUUUUUCAGUUCAGAAAUCUUGUGUAAUCUUGGGAGAAUCAUCAUAAGUGCUUGCUUACUGCUUUGCUGUACA